AUGGAUAUCAUCCGAGAAAAUUUCAAUGACAGAGACAUGCGAUGCAUUUUGUCAAUUUCGUUGAAAGAGAGCAAUUUAAAGGAUGAAAUAACUUGGGCCUCCUCGAAAAAUGCUCGAAACUUCCUGUGGAGAUUCUGCACUGAAACACUGCCUGUCAGAAGUCUUUUGAAAUUUCGCCACUUGACAGAGGAUGCCCUGUGCCCGUGGUGCGAGAGGGAGGAAGAGACAUGGAAACAUGCUUUCUUUAAUUGUGACAGAGUGAAGGAAUUAUGGUCAGAGCUCGAAUGCAGUGAGUUGCUGAAAUUUGAUAAGAUGGACUCGGCUUGCAACUUGAUAGAAAGCUGGAGGGAUAUUCGAGCUGAGAAGAAAGUGCUCGGUAUUUAUCUUAUGUGGGGAAUCUGGCUGGACCGAAAUGUGAGAGUUUUUCAGGGGAAAAGCACCCCAAACUCAGUGUUAAUUGCCAGAGUACAAAGAUGGAAGGAGGAGAACGAGAAGUAUAAUAAAGCGAUUUAUUCGACCCCUGCUGUUGCCCCCUGUAGUAGCUCGAAGGUUUGGAUUCCCCCUCUUCCUGGGUGGGUGAAAAUAAACUCUGACGCAUCUCUGACUGAUGAAGGGUGGGUGGCUCGUGACAACUUUGGCAAUGUGUUAUUAUCUGCAUGCAGGAGAUGGAAAGCAUGGUGGCAGAUUGAAAUUGCAGAAUCAAAGGCUAUCAUUCUAGCUCUGAAACUUGGGAAAAGGUUUGGUUACUCAAGGGUGAUAAUUGAAACAGACUGUCAAAUUGUCACCAAUAGGCUGUCAAAGGGGGCCUCGCAUUUGACUGACCUUGAUGCCAUCCUUUGUGACGCCAUAAGGCUUGGUACAACAUUUGAGCAAGUUGCUUGGUCUCAUGUCCGACGUGGGGGGGAACGAAGUGGCUCACAACCUUGCACGUUUUAUUCCUUUCAAUGUAGAACAAAUUUGGGAAAUAAGAGUUCCGGAUGA